AUGUCUGGAAAGUUGCCUAGUGAAAGCGUCUCGGAGGAAGUUCCUCUCAACGUCUUAGCCACAAACUCCACACUGCCUAACAAUCCCUCGCCCACAAGCAUUGGAGCACUCAAUGGAGACCACCAAGAACCUAACCGCGAUAAUGCAGAAGAUGAACCUAGAGUGAUCGUGUUUCCCGACGCUCGUGUUGAUAUUGUCCCUAUUGAAGCACCGCAGCCUCCUGAUCACACCCUCCGACGAAAACUGGAAGGCAAGCAUAUUUUUAUGAUCGCCAUCAAUGGCACGCUUGGCACAGGUCUGUACGUCCGAAGCGGCCAGAUCCUCGAGCUUGGGGGGCCCGUCGCGGUUAUUAUGUCAUUCAUCUUCCUGGGCAUCUUGACUUGGGCGGUCAUGCAGUGUAUUGCUGAAAUGCUGUGUCUAUGGCCUAUACCCGGGGCAAUCCCUGUGUUUGUGAGGAAAUUUGUCGAUAAAGAACUUGGUGACACUGUGGGUGUUGCAUACUGGUACACAUACUCCAUCGGUUUCUCCGCUCUGAUUGCUACUUCUGCUAGUGUCCUAAACUACUGGACUGCUGAUGUUGAGGGCUUCACUGAGGGAUUUGUGUUUAUUGCUCUUCCUGUGACACUCGUCAUCAUAAACGCAGUCAAGGUUGAGAUUUAUGGCUGGAUAGAAGUUGUAACUGGCGUCAUCAAAAUGGCAUUUCUGGCUAUAAUCAUAAUCUGCCUUGCCUACAUUAUCAUCAAUUGCUGGAGAGACCCUUUUACUUAUGAUACCGAUGCGGCUAAAGGGUGGUUCGAAGCUUUGAUUUGGUUGGAAUCUGAAGAAUGCCCAAAGUCAGAUGAAGAUGACAAGAAAGGCUUCACUUUCUCGCCUUUUGUCAUUAUUGCGAGAAGCUCUGAGAUCUAUGGACUCCACAACGCUUUUAACGCUUUUAUCGUCUUCACUGCUUUGACAUGCGCAAACACCAACCUGUAUGUCGCAUCGAGGACUCUCUUCGGUGUCACGAGAAAUAUCCGGUCUGCCGAUGCCAUGCCAAGGGUCCUUUCCUGGUUUGGUGUGACGAAUAACAAUGGAGUUCCGAUAAGAGCCAUGACAUUCACUGCCCUCGCCUUCUGUUGGGUUCCCUUUCUCCAGAAGAAAGAGACGUUCAACACAGGUUCGGAUAUCGGAGAAAUGGGUUCAGUCAGCAUCAUCAUCAUUUGGGCUUGUCUGUGUCUCGCAUAUAUCCGAUUCUACCAUUGUAUCCACAAGUUCGAUGAUGCCCUAGCCGAGGCAGGAAUCAAUCUAGCCAGGCAUCGUCGUGAACACAAGUAUGAAUCGUACCCAUACCAAAGCCACUGGCAACCACUCCUAGCCUACCUAGCCCUCGCCGGAUGUCUCGUUAUUCUCAUAGUCUUUAAUGGAGUAUUCCUGUGGAAGAAAUUCAACGUCAUCCCAUUCUUGUCGGGCUAUCUGACGUCAUGGUCGCUUUGGGUUGGCCUUGACGCUGCUGCAGUGGAGGAACUGAUAAAGGAUUUGAAUGCGUUGCGGGACAAGUCUCUGGAACAACCCCCAAGAGUCUCCAGACCGCUCUGGGUUUCCAUCAAAGGUUACUUUAGAAGGGAAACCUGA